AUUAUUAUUAUUAUUAUUAUUAUUAUUAUUAUUAUUAUUUUCCUUUCGCCCUUCUUUCUUUCCAUUUUUGGUUUGAAGCCGUUUAUUUCGUCUGUAAAAAACAAUGGGAGAUUCUUCUUGUCUCUUGCAUGGCUUCUCUUAUGCUUCUGCUGUACCAAAUGAAUCCAAACAGUUGCAGUGGUGAAUCAAGAUCCUCAUUUUUCAAUUUUGCGGUUGUGAAUGAGUUGAUAUUUGCUUUUUAUGAUUGGGAAAUUGGAAAAACUGUUUGCUUUGCAGUUGCAGAGGGGAAUCACAUGCAUGCUUUAGGUGAAUCCAUUUCAUUUUGGAGGUUCACAGCAGAUUCCUUGUCAUGGGAGAGAUGGUCCACAUUCCCUCACAAGAAAUACGUGGAGGAGGCCGAGAGCUACGCGAGACCGGGCUCUGUCGCGCAAAAGAAGGCCUUCUUCGAGGCUCAUUACAAAAUGAUUGCAGCUCAAAGGGCUGCUGCUGCAGCUCUUCUUGAGCAAGAAAAUGCUGCUUUGACUCAAAAGGCUCAAAAUGAGAAUGUUGGUUUGAAGGAUGAUGGUGGUGAUCAUGAAGAGGGAGGGGUUUCCUUGAACCCUCCACCGGAUUUAGCUGAUUUGGGAAGUGGGAGUGUCAAGACUCUUGAUGUGAAGGGAGAUGAUGGAGUGAGAAUCAGUAAUGGAGGGAGAGAGAGUGGUGUGGUGAGAGGAAAUAAAGUAUCAAAGCAGCCUUCAGUUAGAAGAAGUAAUCUUGAAAAUUGUGCUGCAGUUUCUGCUGCUUCAGAGAGUAGUGAGACUUCUUCACAGAUAGAGAAGCCAUUGCUAAAGAACAAAAAUGUUGAUAGUGAGGAAGUGUCGUCAGGGAUGAUUAGCAAGAGAAGAACAGGCCUUCCUUCAAUGAAGACGUCCGCUCAUCACAAGCCUCGAAGAGUCCCAUCCACGCCUGCAAAGGCCAUGACUCCACAACUCAAUAGAGAGAGCAAUGUCAAUCGCAGCACGAGGAAGUCCAAUGUGGACGCAUUGGAUGGGAGAAGAUCGUCUCCAAAGUCGUUGCGUGCCUUGCUAAGCUUGGGCUCUUUCCGGGAGUCUGAAAAAGAGCCGGUUUCCAAGAACAAGGGGCCUGAAAGCUCGGGCCUUGCACAAAGUUCCACUAGAACGACUGGAGAGUGCCCGACUCCUUUCAAGACACCUGCUCCGGCAUCUACUAAGAGUAGUGUGUCUUCAUAUCCUGCAGCAGCCACCCCUCAAACUGAGAAUAGAAGGAAGAAAACACCAGAUCCCUCAGCCUCAGGGAGAAAAACUACUGGUCCUAAAUGGCACAUCUUGUCUGCAGUCUGCACAAAGUCGUUGUCGGCCUACAGGAACAAACUACAGUCACCUACUGUAUCCACUCCAUUCAUGCUGAGAACUGAAGAAAGAGCUGCAAAGAGAAAACAGAAACUUGAGGAGAAAUUCAAUGCAACAGAGGUGCAGAAGACACAGCAAAAGACAUUAAAGGAGAAAGCAGGAAAUGAGUUUAGAAAACUAAGCUGUAGCCUUUGCUUCAAAGCUCGUCCCUUGCCCGACUUCUACAAAGAAAGAGAACCUCCAAAUAAUCAGACGAAAAAGCCUCCAGCAGUGCAACCGCAGACAGCAGUACUAGGAAGAAGUGUCCCAAACAAGAAGCACGGCACCAUCUCAAUGCCGCCUCCUCCUCCACCACCGAGAAUCAUAGCCAAGAGCAGUGUUUCCAAGAAUUUAUCAAGAAAGAAAGUUAUCAACCAAAGCAAAUUUCUCAGUACUUCACUACCUGAAAGAAUGGCACAUGAAAAUGCUUCUCCAAAUAUCCAGCAGUGAUCAGUGGAUAUGCUGUGCAUAAAUUCUUUUUCAUGAUCAAAUUCAAUUUGUCAUUGUUUAAUGUGGGAGAUGUAAUCUUUACAUAUAUAUAAAACUGUGUUUGUGUGUGUUCUGAGAUUAGAAUUCAACCCCAAAAAGAUGAAUUAUUAUCUGUCUCAGUUUGGUAUAAAAGGACUUUUUCUGU